AUGGCCUUCCCCCCAUCCCUGCUUGCGCGGUCUCCCGCCCGGCUCAUCCUCUCUCAAUGCGCGCCAAGCAUCCGCAACAUCACAACCACCUCAUACCUCAAUGCCGGUCACAAUAAGUGGUCCAAGAUUCGACACGAGAAAGGUGCCGCCGACCGCAGACGGAGCACGCAAAACAUUGGCCUUGCGAAAGCCAUAACCGACGCCACUAGAAAAGGCGGCCCCAACUACAAAAACGACAACCCCGCCCUCGCCGCCGCCAUAGCAGCCGCCAAAGCCGCCAACGUAACCUCCGCCUUCAUCGAGCGCGCCAUAGCCCGCGGCCAAGCGCGUUCUCUCUCAGGCGACGCACUCGAAAAAAUGACCGUCGAGGCCGUCAUGCCGGGCAACGUCGCCCUCAUCCUCGACGUCGAAACGGACAGCCGGCUGCGGAGUCUGCAGGAGCUCAACCGUCUCGUGAAGAAGGCGGGAGGGAAGCCCGGGUCUACGCUGUUCUACUUUGAGCAGUGCGGACGGAUCGUGCUUGAGAAGAAGGACGAGGGAACGGCGCUGGCGGAGUGGGAGGAGGAGGUGAUGGGUGCUGUGUUGGAGGAGGAGGGUGUGUUGGAUGUGGAGGGGGAGGAAGAUGAGGAAGAAGUUGUCGUGUGGACUGUUGCGGGGGAGACGGGGAGCGUUGCGCAGGUUGUGAGGGAGAGGUUGGGGGUUGAGCCGAAGGGGGUGGAUUUGGUUUGGAGGGCCAAGGAGGAUAUGAGGGUUGCGGUGGAGGAUGGGGCCGUUGCGGAGGAGUUGGGCAAGUUUUUGGAGGCGUUGGAGGAUUUCCCGGAGGUUGUGGGGACGUUUAUCAAUGCUGAGAAGGGAGGGAUUUCGGAUGAAGCGUGGGCGAAGGUGCAGGAUAGCUUGAUUCUGCCUUGA